AUGCUUUCCUUGAUUUUGUGGCCGGCACAGAGGCUCUCCAAAGCAGCAUCCGCUAUUCUGAAGAUAUGUGGCUUACAAGGCAUCUCGUUCGUGAAUGGCGAGACAGCUACAGAGGUGCAGUACUUGAUCCCGAAACCUCGCUACGCUGUGACCUUACGGCACCGUUGCCACAUUUGCUUCCUCUUCUUUUUUCAUCGUUUAUUUUCUACCUUCUUGAUUCUUUCUCGCCAGCAUUUUAUCUGUACUUUCAUUAAUUCGUUGAAUUCUCACUCUUUCCUUCUCUUAUUUAUUGUCCUCUUCUUGCUUUAUUUGUUUAUUUAUUUCUGGUUCACUUGUAUUUUUUAUUUGCGGCAUUUAUUUUUUAAUUCCCUUUGUUACUUUUCACCAUUAUUGAGUUUAACUCUUACCUUUCUCGUCUUCUUUUUCUUUCUUUUGUUAAUUAAUCAAUUCUUCCUUUCUUUUUUAUUUCUUUAUGUACAGCACGCAUGGUUUCUUUUCUGCUGUCUUUUUUAUUCCCUCCUUUUUAUACUUCGUUUUUUUUUCUUCAUUUUAAAGCCAUACACUCUAUAUAGAUUUUCUUUGAUUAUUAUGUCGUUUUUCUUCCCUUUUGUUUCGCCAUCUUUCUUUCUUUCUUUCGCCUGUUUUCUCUCUUACUUUUCAUUAUAG